AACAUCCUGUGUUGGAUAGCGAGUGGGCGGAGCCUGAGACCCAGUCUGACGGUCAGUGAGUGUGGCACAGCCGGCAGCCCGGCCUGGUUACCAGUAUCACAGUCCGUGCGGAGGGAGGCAGGCCUGCAGCCCGGAGCCGGGGGGAGAUGUGGCGCCUGUGACCCCCGCCGAGCACGGGAAGAUGGGAGAGGAGAGCCCGCAGAGACGGAGGAGAAGCCGCAGUCUGCCGAAGCACACUCCAGACCAGUGCCAGCCCCGGGCUGCUCCAGCUGCACGGCCAGGGAGCCCGGGCACUGCGAACACCGGCCCUGCAUGGCCACCAAGCGCCCACUGAGGAGCCGUCACCACAGCAACACCCAGGAGCCCGCUUUGUUCUGUGCCCUGGCUGGGAGACUGCCUGUGCCCCCACCCCUCAGUGCUGCAGGAGGACUCCCUGCUCUGCAUAAAGGGAAACCACAGGGGCAUCUGUCCUGAUCUCAUUCAUUAUUUACUGGCUGGAUUAUUUUGGCAAAACAAACCCUGAUCACACCCCUCUCACUCCAAAAAAAUAGAGCCCCAUCAGCUCUUGCUGUGUUAUCCAUCCCCAUUCUGCAGUGCCAUCUCCUUGCUGACAUCUCCAGGAUCUGUUCAUCCCCUGCUUCUACAUCUAGUGUCCUUUUAUAACAUUACACUGUGUGUGUGUGUGUCUGCAUAUUCUCUCUCUCUCUCUCUCUCUCUAUCUCUAUAUUUAUAGUCAAAAAACAAUUGCAAGGUAUAUAUAUAUAUAUUUUUUAAUUCCCCCCCUCCCCCCCAAGAUGACUCCUUUAUUCAUUAGAAAUGUCUCUGGCUCUCUGAUUGCUUUCUGAUUGCACCCCUCUUUUGAAAUCACCAUCUUUUUUUGAUGUACAGGUGCACACCAGUGUGCCAUUUCCCCCAGUUAUUUUGUUUUCAGCCCACCUCCUCCUAUUCCUCCUCUUCCUCUUCCCUGUGUUUUUUGGUGGGUUGCCCCACUGAGGCAGUGUUCAAUGGAAGUAUGUUACCAGUUGCCGGUGCUGCCCUUGGACAGGCCGGUACCCAAGCACGUCCUGAGCCGCAGAGGCGCCAUCAGUUUCAGUUCCAGUUCUGCUCUUUUUGGAUGCCCUAACCCUAGGCAACUUUCUCAGAGACGUGGAGCGAUUUCAUAUGACAGCUCUGACCAAACAGCUUUAUAUAUUCGUAUGCUAGGAGAUGUCCGGGUAAGAAGUCGAGCUGGAUUUGAAACUGAACGUCGAGGCUCUCAUCCAUACAUUGACUUUCGUAUUUUGCACUCACAUUCAGAAAUUGAGAUAUCUUUGUCUGCAAGAAACAUUCGGAGGUUGCUAAGUUUCCAACGGUACCUAAGAUCCUCUCGUUUCUUCCGUGGUGUCAAUGCACAGAAUUCCUUAUACAUUUUAGAUGAUGGUUAUAACGGACAAGCUAAGUGCAUGUUGGAAAAAGUCGGAAACUGGAAUUUCGAUAUAUUUCUUUUUGAUAGAUUAACAAACGGAAAUAGUCUUGUCUCAUUAACGUUUCAUCUCUUGAGCCAAAAUGGACUAAUAGAUCACUUCCAGUUGGAUAUGGUGAAGCUUCGGAGGUUUCUAGUUAUGGUUCAAGAAGAUUAUCAUAGUCAAAAUCCAUAUCACAAUGCAGUCCACGCUGCUGAUGUGACUCAGGCCAUGUACUGUUAUUUAAAAGAACCUAAGCUUGCCAAGUCUUUUACUCCAUGGGAUGUCCUACUGGGUGUGAUUGCAGCUGCAACUCAUGAUUUGGAUCAUCCUGGUGUAAAUCAGUCUUUUCUAAUAAAAACAAACCACUACUUAGCAACUUUAUACAAGAAUACCUCAGUAUUAGAAAACCACCACUGGAGGUCAGCAGUGGGUUUGUUGCGAGAAUCGGGUUUGUUCGCACAUCUGUCUGCAGAAGACAGACAACGCAUGGAAAGCCAGUUAGGCUCCAUCAUUCUUGCUACAGACAUCAGUCGACAAAAUGAAUACCUUUCUCAGUUCAGAACCCAUCUGGAUAAAGGAGAGUUAUGUCUUGAAAAUAGUGCCCACAGACACUUCAUACUACAGAUGGCAUUGAAAUGUGCGGAUAUCUGUAACCCAUGCCGAACCUGGGAGCUGAGUAAGCAGUGGAGUGAAAAAGUAACAGAGGAAUUCUUCUAUCAGGGAGAUGUUGAAAGAAAAUGUAACCUGGAUCUGAGUCCUCUGUGUGAUCGACUUACAUCAAACAUUGCCAAUAUUCAGAUUGGUUUUAUCACAUACUUGGUGGAGCCAUUAUUUGUGGAGUGGGCCCGGUUCAGCAAUACCAGGCUGUCACAGACAAUGCUGGGUCACGUCGGACUCAACAAAGCCAGUUGGAAGGGAAUGCUUCAGGAGCGGUCAAGCAGCGAGGAAGCUGAUCCUGCAUUUGACGAUACAGACUGAUACACUUACCUCAGGAAGAUUGCUCACCACGAACCUAUAAACAGCUUAACAACUGUUUGGGCUUUUUUGGGGGGCAGGUGUUAUCGUAGUGACUGGAAAGAAAACAUCUUGGUGAGAGAGGAAUUAAUCCUGAUUGCCAAGGUUUCAAGUAAAAACUAAUGCCAGCAUUAUUUAUUCCAUAGUUUUCCUUUAACGUUUUUUCUUUUUUUACACUUUUCUUUUCUUCUGUUAAAGAGCGUAAUCAAGACCUGAAACAUAGAGCAAUAUGCACAUACCUCAGUUGGCUUUUGUAUGAAAGCUUCAAUAUGCAAAGCACAGCAAUGACUGAUCAAAAACUGCAGGAAGUUUCUUCUUUAUGUGCCACAGGUUCUUUGACUUUUUUUUUUUUUUUUUCGUUUUUAAAACCUAGACGUUAAAGGAAUAACUUUUUCUUAAUACCAAUAAUAAAAAGGUACAAAAAAAAAAAAAAAAAAACUUGAAUUCUUUCAGCAGCUGGCUGGAAUUUGCCAGAAUAUAACAAGUGACGUUGAACCUUCCACUUUGUGCUAAAUUCUUGUCUGGAAAUGUGAAGUGCCCACUGCUUUGCUGCCUCGGCAAGACAUGCUGUUUACAAAUACACUGAAAAUACUGAUUGAAACUUGCCUUGAAGCAUGGUCGUGAUGGAACCACUAACCGGAUUCUACUUUUUUAUGGUUUAUUUAAGAGAACAAAUUUUGAACUGCAUUUCUCCCUUCACCUAACAGACUCUUUGAAUGCCACUGAAUCCGAUCUAUUCCCAUUUGCAAUAUUUCUGCUAGUGCACAGCCAGGCUUCAAUGCAGAGACGGGUGGAUAUGCAGCAGCUAUUUUUUUCUUCUUUAUUUAGUUGUUGUUUUGUUUUUUUGUUCUUGUUUCUUUUAAAUUUUGUAGAGUGCAAGGACCUUAUCCUGGCAUUUAUUUUCUUCCUUUUGCAAAGCUGCAUUGAAUGCGUAGCAUGCUGUGUUUUGGAUGUUGUGAAUUUAUUUUCCUCUUUUUCUUUUUCACUACUGAUCACUUGAACUGCACGUUUUUAAGGUGGACUUAAUGUAAAACACCAUAAUCAGCUCAGGGUAUUUGCUAAUCUGAAAUAAAGAGGGAAGGGAAAUGUCAUUUGGACAAGGGUACAAAUGCCUUUUUUGCUGCAGUAUGCCUGUGUGUUGGAGUGCAGAGAUGGCGUGUGUGUGUGUGUGUGUGUGUGUGUGUGUGUGUGUGUGCAUGCAUGUAGGAGUGGUUGUGUGUAUAGAUACAGGCUUUUUGGUCUGCUGCCUUCCAACUUCUCUUGGAUUUUGAGCAUUAUCUGGUGGCCUCCUUACGGAACAUCUGAGAAUGCUUAGUCCAGCAAUAGUUACCAGACAGCAGACUUAAAGCCUCAGGUAUUAUUCAUUGGUUUCAAACAUCUAGUGGAUGAGUGUAUUUUAACAAAUUGCUACAAAUGCCUUAAUCUAUGCACAAAGCUAAGUGACCAAACCUGUUUUGUUUUUAUUUUAUUUUUAAGUGCAUUUCAGUUUUGUUUUUUUGUUCACUUUAUUUUACCCUUUAUGUGAAAUAACACAAAUUUGUGAGGUUUUUUUUUUUUUGUUGUAUGAUCAAUUAUUUUUAGGACCAAUUGCAAGACUAAUUUUAAACUUAAAACAUUCCAUUAUUUUGUAAUUUUGUUUUAAGUAUAGUGAGCACAACUGUUAUCUAGAUCAGAAACUGGUUCUUUUUAGUUAAUUUGUAUUUUUCCUUGGUAUUGCUGUUAAAGACUGUUUUAUCUGUUUACAAUUUGUUGCAACAGACAUUUUUUGGGGAAAAGGCUUCGAUGGAAAGCCAUUUGUUUACGGCUUUGCCAUACUCAUUUUAAUACGUGCCUGUUGCUGUUCGA